UGAUGGCGCUGCAGCUGAAGAACGGGGAUGCAGCGUACUACCAGAGUGCGGAUUACUGCAGAAAUUACACUUCGCCGCCUGUCAGCUACGGUGACAGCAGCCAUUAUCUUGCCCGGUUGCCAGGCCCAGAGACCAUGUUGAAGCCCCCUCUGAGUCUCUUCAGCCAUCCCCAGCAGCCUUUCCACCACAUGGACUCUCUGCACAGGCUGGGACCUCCGCCAAUGGUGCCUAGGCAACCUCUCGGACCACCACCCCUUGCCCCUGCUCAGGCAAUUGGAUCCCCGACAAUGGUUCCUACCCAGACCCUAUGUCCCCCGCUUAUGCCUGCUACUCACACGUUAAGACAUCCUCCCAUUACUCUAUCGCACAGCUUAGGACCCCCUCCAAUGGCUCAGCCACUGGGUCCCCCACCAAUGGCACACAACUUGGGUCCUCCACCUGUAGAUCACACCCAAGCAAUAGUGCCUCCCACCAUGGACCUCAUACAACCAUUGCUGCCUCCACCUCUGAACCCUUUACAAUCACUGGUGCCCCCACCUGGAGUCUGUCGAUUCCCCCUCCCUCCCAACCCCAUGUCCUCCCCUCAUGCUCCAGGUCCAGACCCUUCCCACCUGCCCCCAAUGCCCCCAAUGUCCUGCUUAAUCCCCGGCCCUCUCCCGGGACAGGCAGCCCUGGCCAGCGAGCAGUCACAGGAUGAGGGAUCUUUGCUGGGGAUGGAUGAGCAGGAAGACUCUCCGGGGUUGGGGGAACUGUGUAAACCACUGUACUGUAAACUCUGCAACGUUACCCUCAACUCUGCUCAGCAGGCACAGGCUCACUACCAGGGGAAGAACCACAGUAAAAAGCUAAGAAAUUUCUACGCUGGCAGUCAACAGCCUCCAGCGAUCAGGAUCCCAGAAGUCCUCGAGGCGAAUGGCCAGACUUCUGUCUGCUCAGGAUCAAACCACAGUGACGCAGGCAGGCAGGCGCAGUAUAAGGGAGCAACCCGGGUCAUCUUGGCCACAGAGAAUGACUAUUGUAAGCUGUGUGAUGCCUCGUUCAGUUCACUGGCCGUUGCACAGGCCCACUACCAGGGCAAGAACCACGCCAAGAAACUACGGCUCGCUGAGGCCCAACAGAACUCCAGCAGCAUUGAGGCGGCCCAGAGAAGAAACAGAAAAGAUGGCAGUGAAUACACACUGGUGAAAAACCGCCGCAGUCCACAGGUACCUGCUUCCAUGCCAGGGCCGUACUACAACCCCAGACCGAGGCAGCGCAUCCCCAGGGACUUGGCCAUGUGUGUGACUCCCAGCGGACAGUUCUACUGCUCCAUGUGCAACUGCGGAGCCGAGCAGGAGGCCGACUUCAGGCAGCAUCUGGAGAGCAAGCAGCACAAAGCAAAAGUGUCCGAGUUGAGAUACCGCCACGAAAUGGAAAACCUUGGCUACAGCUAAGAGAAACAAGAGUGGAGAAAAGACAGAUCACAGUGGGAUAGAAUAGGUGGAGAGACAAAAGCCAAAGUGCAGGAAAUCAAAAAUGCUAGCUUGUGGUUGAAGGGCAUAUUUAGUGAAGGGAUUAGCCCAAAUGGCCUCAAGAUCUUGUUGCAAUUCAUUUGAUAUACGCUUAAAUACGCUUUAAAUCCUCAUAUUUUACAUAAUGCUCGUUAUGAUAUGAAGCUAUAAUUGGAUUUGAUGGAUUUAUUUCACCAUGGUAUUGCUCUUGAAAUCCAGUCUGAAUAUUGAAACGGGCUGCAACGUGAAUACGGAGAACAGGAUGUUUUUGAGAAGUAAGUAAGUCAAACCAUUAUUUUAGUUUUUUUAGGCACUGAAUCAGAUUACCCUUAUGACCCACCACCUGGGUUGCAUUCUGAUUAAUGAUACAGGUGAAUGCAAAUGAAUUGAAUGUAAAUCUUGAGCUUGUUCGGGUGACAGGCAGAGGACUAGUGGUGCACAGAGAGUGGGACAUGCAGAAGGUUCAAGCAUUAAGAGAGAAUGCAAAAUGAGGACAAUAGAGAGGAGCUGGUUGGUAGAAGUAAAAGGAAGAAUAGAGGCGAACACUUGAGGUGGGAACAAGUCUCAUCUUUGGAAAAACAAUCAUCACCACUGAGAACACAGUGUGAGACUUGUUCCAAUUCCUGAGUGGGAAUGAGCCCUCCAGGUAUUUUUGUACAGGCCCUACAGCAGGGACUUUCAGGGCCACUUACUGUAGUGACCACUGAGCCACACAUUAUAAAUCUGUCUAACCUAACACAGGUAAUAAAACCCAAAGCACUAUUCGCUCAUUUAAAAAAAGACAAAGCACAAUGAACAACAUCAUCUGGUAGAAACAGUGUUACAUGAAUUUGUUUGGUGUGUAUCAGGCGGAAGGCUACACCCUGGUUAGCCUUGUUUGUGCCUUUAGUGAUAACUAGGCUAAGGAGUCAACUUUGGCUAGCCAUUUUGACAUAAUAGUGGAAAAUAAUCUGCAGUAUUGAUUGGGUUUUUCUAGAUUUUUCUUUUCUUGAGAUAGAUCCACAUAAAUAUUGUGUAAAUAUUCUCAAACGUCAUUAUAGGUGUAGAUAUAGGAUAAUAUACAUGAAUAUGCUUAUUAACCAAAGAAUAUUGCUUCUUUGGUUAAUGUUAGCCUAGCGAAUAUUGUAAAUACUCAAUCUAUUUAAUAAUGAUCAGGAAUCUUGUACAAACUGUGCACUGAGUGUCUGAAUGUCUACCCAUCAGCACUGUAUGUUUGUGUGUGGUUUUUACUGUCGGCCUUCUCUACCACUUCGGACGAUGCCCUUGUUCAUUGGAAAAGUAACUCUGAUCCGUCUGGUUAAAAGCUGCUCGUCUCAUCAUUUGACUGUGCUGGUGGACCACAUGCUAGAGGCUGUCUCUGAGGCUUCUCCUGAAGCCUUAAUCUGUGUCUUCACAACACAGCCAAACGGGCACUGUGAUGGGAGGGAACGUGCAAACACAGCGAGAACUCAAAGUGACGCGUGCAGCCAAAAGCAUUUAACUCCAAACUUCUAAUUAGUUUGAACAUUGCAAAUGACCUUGAGCUGAGCUCGUAGAUGUUUCUGGUUGUAAGACAUAUCAUUUAAUUAACCAGGUUUCUCUGCAGUGUUAAGCGGCUACAGAGGAGUGACAUGGAUCUUGUCUGGGUUUGUAGACAGAUCUUUUUUUUUACGUUGUUUCGUUUUUGGAAUGUUUUUCACCAUGUAUGACCCAGGUCUAGCUGUUUGUUAGUGUUAAGCCCAUCCUGAAAAGAUCAGUUAUUUACUCAAAAUCAAAUUAGAUUUUAUGUUUCUGUUUAUUUGAUUAUCUGUUGCAGUUCAGUGCGACUGAGCUAAAUACCGUGCAGUCACAAGGCAUUUGGACUUAUCCUGUCUUACUUUACUCAAUGAGUAAAGAAGACAAUGACAAGGUCAACGAAUCUAAACCUUCAUUGUUUAAAUACUUAUUAAUAGAUUUGAGUGGCUUUAAACCUUUAAAUAGAAAAUAAAUUAUGUUAUUCAUGCCUCAAAAGUCCUUUUAUGUAGCAUUUGAAAGGAUUUUCCCACUAGAUUUUCAAGUGGUUGCUCAAAAGAGGAAAAAAAAGCAUCCUGUUUCACUUAAAAUUAGUUUUUCCAACUUUUAAUCAGUCAAAGGUCAUUUUGGGUCACGUAAUCAGAAGCGUUAUAAUGUGGAAAAAAGCAGCCCCCCAGUUUAGUUAGCUGUGGUGAGAGGCAGCUGUUCACAUAUUUGUCUGGAGAGCACAACCCCACACCUGAUCCUACACAUGAGGACACUCAGGAGAAAAUCACUGUGAGGACAAAGUACUGUGGUGUUGAGGGAUUUGACAGGCUCACGCUCCAAUAAAGCUACUGAAGACCUUGUAUAAGCUGCAACGAAAUGGAGGAAAUUGGAUUGGAAACUAUUAAACUACUAACAGCCGUCACCUAAUGAACCUUUAAGACAGUGGCCUGGAAACCUUUUUUGUUCCCAACCUGUCAUGUAUUUAGACUGGCUCUGGACCCCUUAAAGUAUCUCAUUAAGACCCCUCAGCACAGGUUAUGGCCUUUGUUUGGACAACCAAAGCUUGAUUUUUCCCAAGUCAGAUUGUGUCUUUGAACAAGACGAGCAACGGCCCCAAACCUACAGAGGCCCCAACAUAUUUUGUAACAUUUUUUCACUAAAGCAGGUUUUUCCAAUAGACAGUUAGUUUAUCUUGUCCUUUCCUAAUUAGUUUUUUACUGUGCUUUAUGGAGAUUUGGAGGCAACCGGAUACAAAACACUAUUCGCUGUAGGGGUAGGAGGUCAAUAGGCUCCCAACAGCACAUUUCUGCUCUUGGGUUCCUUAACAGGUCAAAUCAGCCUAUCUGACAUCCAAGGUGACGGUGUCCCAGUAUUUCAGGAAAAAAAGACUAUAUCACAGCAAUGGUUGAAGAUAUAAAAUAUCACUGGCCCUCCACUAUAUGAGUCGGGACAAUUGAGGAGGCCACACAAAGACUUUCACAAGAUUCAAAUUACUAGUAUUUAUGACAAUUAUAAUGUUGUUACAACAACACACAAAUGGUCAAUAUAAUGGUAUUUUCAUUUGAUUCAAGAUACCCAGGAGGCAGUAAUUACAAAUAAAUGAAAUACCCUAAAAUAACAUUGUGAAUACCAUUUGUAGGUAAUGGGCUAAAACAUGCCAAACCACCAUUAAACUGCUCCUUUUAAACAGAACUAUUUUUGGAUUGAUAUUGCUGCAAUUAAACACCAUUCUGCAUUUAAGGAUCUUCAUUGGUUGCACAAAUGUUUUAAGCAGUCGAAAGCCAACAAAAUCAAGAAACCACUGGAAAAAAUGGCAUCCACAUAUGGCCAUUAACUGUUAAUAGAUUUAAUACUCCAGCAAUCUGCACAUUUAUUUGCUCUGUGUUCACUGGAAUUGAUAAGAUUGCAUUAAUGCUUCUGGAAAGACUGUUUUGUUGUUGUUUGGUCUGGUAAUAUACUGAAAUCGUUAAAAUACCCAGGGUACUGUUUCUGUUUGCUUUGUUCUGACUGUGUUCACUUGUUAGAUAACUGUAACAGCUGGUAACUAUAUCACACUGACAAUGAUUGGUUUCAUUGCCAUUAACCAAUGCUGAUAUCUGAAUGCUGAUGUGUUUCAGCACCAUAAGUUGAACCGCAGUGCUUCGUUACAAAUGACAGACAAGUGUUACAUAUUGCACCGUAUAAGUUGUAUCUGGUUUAUUUUGUGCAUGAAAAGUCAUACUUAAUAACUGUAGAAAUGUUUCUACCUUGAAGAGAAUAAUAUGACAGUGAGGAUGCCGUUCAAGAAUGUGUUCUUUUUCUGAGAUUUACAUGUUUGGAAAUGUCUGUAGGCUGUGCUGAUUCUCCUAAUAGGCAUUGGAACAAAUCAGGAUUUAGCACUAAAUAUAAAAGAAAACUAUAAAGAAAAGUGUGCUACCUUAUGUUGUUUAGUUCAGGUAAAUAGUUUGCUACCAUUGUCAUUAUUUACCUCUCAAUAAUUUGUAUCCUAAUGUUUACAAGGUGAGAAAUUGGAGCUUUUAUAGCUGUGUAUCAUAUUUAUCCAUGUGUUGCACUUUUCGACUGAUCAGACCAGGGCAGAUGGGCAACACUGAUUUUAUUGCCGUGAAUUAAAGAUUGAUUAAGAUCGACAGUGUGGCACUAAAGCCACGAGGUGAUUGGCUUAGCUUUGCAUAAGGGCUGGAAAUGGGGAAACGGCAAAGAACAUUUGACAACCAACACGUGUAGAGCCAAGCGGCAACUUCCGUUCAUGGGUUGCAAAAAGUGAAGAGAGACGCAGAAAUUGACGAACUCGAGGGUCCUUAACGGCGUUCCACAAACCAACGGGUGACGUCACGAUGACUACACCCACUUUUUAUAUAUAGUCUAUGGUUUAAAGCUUACUAAUUAUCAUAUAUCUCAUUCAUUCUUGUUGCAUCUCACUCUUGUACUUUGUUGUGUCAGGUGGAGUUAUUUAGUGCAGCUAUUUGGCAACCUCACAUUGAAACAACCUGCUCAAGUAUUUGGCUGAGAUGGACGCUCUUUACUUAAAGUAUUCAGCAAAGAUGUCAAAACUUUGCGAAGAAGAAGGCUGUGUGAUACGACAUAAAGCUACUGGAAUAACUGACAGAUUUUCUUUACUGAAGAGAGAGCAAGGCAAGCUGUUUCCCCCAUGCUUCCAGUCUUUAUGCUAAGCUAAGCUAAUCACCUUCAUACUUAGCGGACAGACAGAUGGGUAUCAAUUUUCUCAUCUAACUCUUGGCCAGAAAAAGAAGAGAAUAUUGUUUUUUCCUGCAUCUUUAGAAAGUGCUUGUCCACAUCAGCUGUAUUGAUUUCUAAUGUCACUCAAUCAGAACAUAGGUAAGGCUUGUCUCACAUGAAAGCCCAUGUAUCCUGGUCUACAGACUGAGUCAGUCUUUUACACUGACAGAAUUCAGGACCCUUGACCUCCAUCUUCUGUCAGGGGUCCCAAAACACCCUAACAGCACUGCAUGCAGAGCAAUAUAUAUUGGUGGACCCUCUGUGAAGACCUCAGCACACUUUCAGUGCCUCUAAUCAAUGAUGCCAAUAUACCACUGACUGACUGACUGGAUGGAUGCCUAAA